UCUUUUGAGUAACUUUUUAACCAAAAGAGCUAGCGAUCUGCGGUUUCCGCCAUUCGAAAGAGGAUAUCGGGGCACAUAUGUCUAUGUGGAAACUAGAGUUUUCCGAAAAGUUUUCUAGGCUAACUUUUUCAGGCGACUUUUUCGGACACUAAAUUUUCGCUGCGAUAUUAGUUCUGAAACUAUAUAUGACGAGUAAUGUUUUCUUUUAGCUUUCAAAUAGGGCCGAUUUUACUUGCACACAUUUUUUUUGAUUUUCUGUUGUUUUUCUUCUUAUUUAUCAUUGGUUACUAUCGCCAUUCUCAUACAAGAUAAAUACAUUCGUUGAUAGUUCAUUUUUGUUUCUGCACUUUGCCAUUAUUGAUGGUAGUUCUUUUCUUCGCAAACAUAAACAAACAAAAGGAGGAGUGCAUAGUAGCUGUUUUAAAUGAUGAUAUUUAUAUUUGAAUUAAAUGGGAGUUUUUCCUAAAUGAGAAUUCAUUGGAGAAAUUCUUCAUCGAUAGAAAACAAUAUCUUAACCUUAUAUGAUUCAAAGUCCUGUCAAGAUAUGCACGACAAUAAAGUCGAUGUCAUGAUGUUGCUAUGCACCUGGUCAUUGUUAUGAUAGGAAGUAGUCAAUUCUGGAUUAUUUGAAGGAAGAUAUUUUUGUUGGAUUUCAAGUGUUCUCUGAUGGAACUCAAGUGCUUAGAAGUACUCUCAUGUUAUCAUGCACGUGAGACAUAUUAUUCUAUAGAUAUACAUUGAAUAUUAGCUUUAUGCAAAAAGAAGAAAUCUGUCUGUUCGAAGAAAAGUAGAAAGUGGAUUGCUGUUGAGUAAUGUUAUGUGAUAGAAGAAGACAUAUUGACUGUAACAACAACGAUGACUUACAUACUUAGAAAGCUUUUAAUGGCGAUUUAUUUCUUCUUUCUCUUACGUUAUCAUGCAUGAAAGAAAUAUUUUCUUUUAAAUAUAGAUUCUUCAUUUUAUAACAUGCAUAUUUCUAACAUUCCAAUUGAAAAUGCUCUAUUAAUCAUUUUUUAAUUUUCUCAUACCAUAAAUCAUAACAUGAAGAAAAAAAACUCGUCUUUUAUUCAAAAAAAGAAAAUCUUUAUUUAUACUAACAUUCCCCAAUGUAGCUAUCUCUCAUAUAAGAAUUUUGUUAAGUAAUACAUAUAUAAUAAAAGAAAACAAAAUAAUGUACAAAUGAGAGAAAGAGAGAGCAGUGAAGAAAUUUAUACAAAUGAAUAUAUGUGUAUAUAUUCAUCAAUUCACGCACGAGAAAAGAAAGGGUUCACUAUCUAACACACAGACAUGUAUGUAAAUAUAGAAAAAGCAAAAAAAUAAUCCUGAGAGUUUAAGCAUAUCGAUAUUUGCGUACUAAAUCUGUUGUCAAAUCAACACAAAGUAUACAAUCAUCAUGUGUAGUUGCUUAUGAACAUAGACAUCGUAAACGUUGAUUAUAAGAAUCAAUAAUACGUAAUAAAUCACCUUGAUUAUCAUAUAUUUCAAUAUAUGCAUUACCAUCUUUUUCGCAUUUCCCAGCUAAUAAAAGGCCAUUUUUAUUCAUAGAAAGGGCUGUAUAACAUCCUAUGAAUAAAAUUUCCUGCUUUUAACAAAAAAGAAACCUUAAUAAAAAUUCUUCUUUUUUUACUUCCUUUUGUUAUUUGAAUAUUAACAGAUUAUGACUGUUGAUGUAUUGAUGAAGAUUGUUUAUUAUGUGAUAUAAUAAGCUCAGGUGGUUCAUGUGUUAUAUUUUAUCAACAUCAACAAUUUGUUCUUGAGUUAUUGGUAUUAAUUGUCGAAACUAUUUUCCAUCAUAUAAUAAUAUAUGUAUACGAUGAUCACUAAGGAUUAUUUCAUCUUGUAAACUAAUUGUAAAUGCUUUUAUUGUUUUUAGAGAAUUUUACGAAGAGAGAAUUUUGAAAAGGUCUCUGAAGGACCAGAUUGUAUAUCUAAAGUUUUAGUAGCAAUAUAUGAUUUAUAUUAGGUUUUAAUGCAAUAGCGCAGGUAACCAAACUGAGAUAAUCUUCGUAUUCCGUCUCCAUACUCAUUCGAGCAGUAUAAUCAUCCAUAUUAUGAAAUCGUUUAGAAACGAAAGUGCUAAACUCGUCUUUAUGUUCUGAUAUGUAUUGAAUGCUCUAUAUCUUGAAAGGUUUAGUUCAUUAGUUUUAGCUGAUGAGAAACAGCUUUAAAAGCACAGAUAUUCCGUCCUAAACUUAAGCGUUUAAGAGCCGAAUCACUAACGAGGGAACCUUUUUAGGUUAUAAAUCGCUUUUUUUUAAAAAUUUCUUCUUUUGCUUUUAUUUAUUUCAUUUUGUUUUUCUUCAGAUGAAAAAUCGAAAAUUGAAAAUGAAUGUGCUAUAUUUCAACUGGUAUCAAAUAUUUAUAUAUUAACACAAUCUAUACAAGAAUUAAAUGAUCGUAUUGAACGUAUGGCUUUAUUAGGUGAACUAUGUGAAAAUUCAUUCAUGAAAUUUCAAUUUCGACAUAAUCAAGCAUUAGAAGAUUUACCACGUUCAUUAAACAGUGUGUAUGUAUCAUCAACAUAUUCACCAUUAUGUCGAAAAUUAAAUCAAUAA